UAUUCAACUAUGAAUUUGACUUAUUGAUUUGACUUGAGUAUUCUAAUAUUUACUAUUAUACUUUUGACUAGGAAACAAUUUGUGACGAUUGGUCUCCGAUCAACACUUCCACCUGGCGACAGCCGACGCGAACAACCGUUUCGGCCAAGACCCGAGUUCCGAGCGCUGACGUUGCAGUCACGACUCGUCUCACAGCGCGACUUCUGCUCGGCGCUACCACCGCCAGCGAUGUCAAACCUCGUCGUUUUCUCCCGCCAACACACACAGAAACGCACGAUCUUAUCGACUCUCUUCUUUCACCGACUACAUCACGAUCUCAAAGAUUUCUAGUUAUACGAUUGUUUUCAAUAAACGACUAAAAAUAUACAGCGGGUAUUGAGUGCAAGUUCUUCCACCUUCUAAUCGCACCCUUGUGUCCCGCUAAACUUCUAUCAUAUCGCUCCACUAGGCAAUUGUUGUUAGUGCUGGCUAACAAAUAAUAGCCCCAAACGUAUCCUUACCAUUAUACUCAGACCUGUUGGCGUAGCUGGUAAUCAAAUUGCUCCAAUGAGUGAUCCAAUGCUUACAGCAGCAACAACAGGUGAGAAUAUACAGAAAUCUGUUGACAUGCAGCUACCACUUGAUAGUUCCAAUGAAUCAGGACAGCCUGGUGUGUUGGGAGAAAAUAAACUUUUUAGUUCACAACUACUAGCUGAUCUUCAACUAGCUGAUUUUCAACUAGAACAAUUAACUGCUACACCUGUAACAGAAUCUAAAUUGUGGCACCAAACUAUAACGCCUGAUCUCAGAAAUCACCUACUUCGCAAAUUAGUGAAAGCAUCAUUCCAAAUUCCGGAUUCUACAGAGAUGUUUGAUAAACAGAUGCACAAUUUAGUUAUCUAUGCUAGAAAAGUGGAAGGUGAUAUAUAUGAGAUGGCCAAUUCUAGAGCGGACUAUUAUCACUUACUGUCGGAGAAAAUUUUUACAAUACAAAAAGAAUUAGAGAAAAAACGAUACGAAAGAAAAGAGCACCAACAACAACAAUUGCAAGUUGCACAACAGCAGCAAUAGCAAGCCCAACAAGCUCAGCAAUAACAAAUACUUGUUGGUCCUUAUGCUCCCAGUCCAAUUGGACAGUCAACAUCUAAUACAAGUCUGGUCUUAGUUCAUUUGGUCAGCCACAAAUGUUGCAAGCUAAUUUAACAACAACAACUACAUCAGUAACGACUAGUCAAUUUCCAACCUCUAAUGGCAUUUCCAGUUUACCAAACAGUUCACCUGUACAAAAUCAACA